CGUUGCUAAGCAACCCUCAACACAACACUGGGACUACUAGCGGGUUCGGUUAAAUAAACCAAUUGGUCAAUUGAACUUUCUGACUUUCAACAGAACUUACUGCUAAAAAAAAAAAAUGGCUAACGUGGUUUUGUCGGAGUUUUUGUCUGAUAUUGGCUGGGACAAAAAUUUCGCCAUUCCUCUGUUAAAUGCUGAGAAUAAGGCUAUAGAGGAUGAGGUCCAGAGGAAACAGAAAGAGCUGGCAAAUGUGGAAAACAAAGAGAGCCAGCACAAGGAGAGGAACAGCGCCGUGACUGAACAUCUGAAAGACGUCCAGCAAGGACGCACUCACACUCAGGCUCUGUGCAGGGCUGUCGAGAAGCAGUCCGAGUCCGAGCUGCAUUUCAACGCCUUGGCCAAGAGAGAGACGGGACGGCUGCUUCAGGAGAUCUCGCAGCUGGAGAACGAGCUGAUCUCGCUCCGAGAGAAGAAGAACUCUCAGGAGAACUGCAUCUUCAGAGACACACAGAAGAUAGAGGAGCUCAUGGGUCAGCUGAACUGGGACCAGCAGGCCCUGAACGCCUGGCUGGAGGAAUUGGCCCGCAAAGACGAGGACACCAUGGCCAUCAUCAAGUACGCGCAGCAGGACGAGAGCAGGAUUCGCGAGCUCACUCUGAGCAUGGAGAAGCUGACCCUGGAGGCCAAGCAGAAGAGAAAAACGUUGGACAAUGAGGUUACCGAGACCAUCAUGGCGCAGGUGGCUCUGGAGAAGACGGUCGAGAUGGUGCAGCAGGCCCACGUGGAGAGACAGGAGCUGAUCAACCAGUGGGAGAACUCCAUCAAGCAGAUGAGGAAGAAAGACCAGGAUCUGCAACAGUGUGCUCUGCUGCUGGAAGAGAUGAACCAGGGGCUACGCGAACGCAAAGCGCUCAUAAAAGAGAAGCAGAACUUCCUGGUUAACGAGGUGGAGAAUAACAAGGACUGCGAGAAGAAGAUUGCCGCGGUCGAACGCCAGGCCAACAGGCUGCGGCAACAGUUUCAGGAAGAGGAAAGCAACUGCGCUCGACUUCAAGAUGAGCUGGUGAGCCUAAAAGGCAGGUUGGAUCACACCGCUACAGACCUUGAGGCUAAGAGAUCCCACUUAGCAAGCAUCAAGAAGGACAUCAAUGAUAAAAUGGCCAAGUUAGAGGAUGUGCAGCAGUAUAACAUCGUUCUAGAAGAGAAGCAGCAGGUCGUGACCAAGGAGGUGCUUAGCGUGGAGGAGAGAGCUGCUCAGAUGGAGCAGCUGCACCGAGACCAGGAGAAACACCUCAAAGAAAUUGACGCCCAACUCCAGCGGGAACACAAGCUCCUCUUCCAGAAAAAGCAGGAGCUGCAGACGCUGUGGGCCACCAAGAAGAAUGUCUUAGUAGAUAUCUCAGGCAAUCGUGUGGCUCUGUCCAGCCUGGACAAGCGCUUCAGUAAACUGGACCAAAACGCUCUCAAGCAGCAGGAGAACAUCAGCAGCCAGGAUUUCCAGAUCCAGUUUAUGGAGGGGAAGAUGGCUCGUCUGAGCGGCAACCUGAACAAGGAGGAGAAACAGGUGCUGGAGAAGCAGGUCUCUGAACUGAGCGAGGCGCUGGAGGAAAAGAAGAAGGCAGAUGCUCUGCUUGCAGCACAGCUCAAGAAGCUUCAGAACGAUAUCCGCUGUGUGAGGAAAGAAAAUGAGAAGACGGGAGCAGAAAAGAGAGACCUGACCACAAAGAUCGAGGAAUUGAACCUCGUCGACGACACCUUGGACAAAGACCUGAAGAAACAACUUCUCAAGAAACAGGACAGCAUAGUGGAGAACAAUAUCCUGCAGCUGGAGGUGAAGCGCCACAGGAACAUGCUGUAUGACAAGACGGAUGGUGUCCUCUCUCUGGAGAAGAGGAAAUUGCAACUCCAGACAGCCAUGAAGGAGCGGCAGCAGGAGAUCUGUGUGCAUCGGGAUAUGCACACCAAGCAGCUCAAGAUCACUGAACAGGAGAUGCAAGGGCUGAGGGCCCACCUGCAUGAACGACUGUCCAAAGUUGACAAGAUGAAGAAGAAAUACGAGAUCAUCACCUUUUCCAUGGCUGCACCAGAGGGCGAGGGAGACAACUCGCAGGCCUAUUACAUUAUCAAGGCAGCUCAAGAGAAGGAGGAGCUUCAGCGCAAGGGUGACGAUUUGGAUGCCGAGAUCCGCAAGGCGGAGAAAGAGAACAAGGCGUUGGAAAACACCAUGCACCUGUUCAAUAAUCAUAACAGCUCCUAUCGCAAAUCCUUCAUUAAGGUCACCGAUUCUAGUCCUGAGUAUCAAGAGAAAUUGAAUCUAGAGGAACAGAAAAGGGCGGCAGACGAGAAGCUCAAGUUCAAGAGACGCCAAAUCACAGAGCUGCAGGAAAACACUGAGGUGAUGAGCAGCUCAUUGAACAGCCUGCAGCAGGAAGAAGCUACUCAAACAAAAAGAAAUGCAGAUCUCCAAGCAUGCAUUGUCUCCCUGAAGAAAGAGCUCAUUUCUCAGCAGGAGAAACUGGACAGGGCCACCAAACAGUCCUCCAAGCUGACAAAGGAGAUCCGCUCUACUAAAAACACCACAGAGGAGACCUUUGAGGAACGUGACAUCAAGCUGAAAGAAUUGAAAGACUCCAAGAAGGCAACCAAUAAGAUGCUUCUGGAAGUCAUGGAGCAAUAUCCUGAACUCCAGGCGACAUUACAGAUGUACUUCAUGCAGAGCGGUCUUUCUCUUCCUUCUUACACCUCAACCCCCUCAAGCAGGAGUUCAAAACUGAGUUCAUCAAGUAGCUCUGUUUCUCUCAGAUCUUCCAGAUCCUCGGGAUCAUCAGCCGACAGCAGCACCAGAAGCUCGGCAGUUCACUCACCCUCCGUGAAAACGGUUGAGUUAGGCCUUGGACUUUCUGUUUCCUCUACGCUUUUACCUCAGUCUCCUAGCAGUGACCGCAGCAGAAGCAGUAACAGCAGCAGGAGCAGUAACAGCAGCAGGAGCAGUAAUCUCAAGAGUCCUUAAUCAGCAAAUCCUCCUAAUCUGGGUCCACUCACUGGUCCAAUGACGGUAUCCAGUGACGUGGUAUAAGGAUUCCCACGUGUUCCUGUCUUUUUGAAGUGAUACUCCGGGUCGGGUCUUGCGCCGGCCGUGUGCGUGGAUCUCAUGGUCACAAACUCGCCAGUCUUGGUCAUUAGCCAGAGACUUAGGUGUGUUUAGGGUGAUCUUGAGACAGAGAGAGAGAGAAGGGUGUGAGGAGAGGAAGGAGGAAACAGUGUAAUGACGAUUCCUUAGUUUCUACCCAGCAUGAUAUGUUAAUUCAAAUGGAGAUGCUAAUUUUGUGAGAGAGGUUGAGUGUUUGUUCUUGUAGCAGUUCUUUUUUCUCAGAGAGUAGUUCUCUCUGAGUUCAGACAUCUUGUCAACAGCCUUACAAGCUCGUCUGUAUUAUUGGGUCUGGUGUCUCUCACAGAUUGUUUAUGGGGUUCAGGUCAGGCGAGUUGGCUGGCCAAUCAAGCACGGUAAUACCAUGGUCAGCAAACCAGUUACUAGUGGUUUUGGCACUGUGGGCAGGUGCCGAGUCCUGCUGGAAAAGUAAAUCAUCAUCUCCAUAAAGCUUGUCAGCAGAUUGGAGCAUGAAGUGCUCUAAAAUCUCCUGUUAGACACUGCAUAGACUCUCGACUUGAGAAAACACAGUGGACCAACACCAGCAGAUGACAUGGCACCUCAGAUCAUCACUCACUGUGGAAACUUCACACCAAACUACAAGCAACUUGGAUUCUGUGUCUCUCCACUCUUCCUCCAGACUCUGGGACCUUGAUUUCCAAAUGAAAUGCAACAUUUACCCCAUGAUUGUGGUUGUGUGUUCAGACCCAGACUGAGACAUUAAAGGCUCAGGAAACCUUUGCAGCUUUUAAAGAAAAGUCUCCAUGUGUGGCAUAAUACUUUAACCAUGGGAGGAGUUUACUGUAACUGGAAUUGUACGUCACCAGGCAAGACAUCUGAGUACAAGCCUCAUAAGAAUGCUUCCUGACAAGUUUAUUACAGGUAUUGACAGAAAGACUGCACACACACACACACACACCUACCUUAGUCAGGAAUAACUGCAUCAGCAAGAAACAUGUUGCUCUCAAUCCUUUUUGUUGGAGCGGUUCUGUUCACAAAUGGAGUAACCGCUCAGACAACAGCACUCACAGCCACAGCUCUUCCCGUUGUUAAUGAUACCACACAUACUACAACAACAACAACAACAACAACAACAACUCAGACAACAGCACCCACAACCACAGCUCUACCCCUUGUUAUUGAUACAACACAUACUACGACAACAACUAAUACAACUGAGAGCACAACACCCACAAUGAUACAGACGACCACUCCUAAUGCUACAACAACUUCAACUAUAUACCCCUUACCCUCAAGCACCACCUCAGAGAACACUCCUUCUACGGUGUCUUACGCAGUGAACCCUGUGCGUAUCGGGCUGCGAGCUGUGCUCAAAUCUACUCUGCAGCUGAAUAUAACUCUAGCCAACCAGCUUUUGCAGCAGUAUAUAGCUUAUCUUCCAUCAUACUACAACGUAACAGCCAGAGUAACAAGCAUUACAACGCUAUGAAGUGCUGCGUCAGAAGGAUGUUCAGGAUAUUUUCAAGGCCCUUGAUCCUCUUUUUAAUUCUUUGAGAGCAUUUCUGUUAUUGUAAUCGAUUUAACUUUUUCCAAAUCAUUGUUUUUGCAUUUAUUUGAGACUGUAAUCAAAAGUUCUAAUGACAAAUUUUUGGAGAGAAUUAAAGGUAACUGACUGGUAGUUAAUAAUUAUAAUAUGAUUUUUCAACAAUGAAUGAAGCAACAACGUUAACAAAUGAAUGAAUUAAUAAACCCUACUGAAUGACAAA